AUGUUCCUGCAUCAAUUCCUUGUCUCGAUCUUGCCUUUUGUUCUGGAGCAUCGACUCAGUCUUGAUCCCUCACUCAUCCAGCGAGUGAGUGUUGCUUUGCUAGCAGAGAGUGCUCUGGUAUCAUUCCUCGUGACCCCUCUGAUUGGUCGCUUUUCUGAUCGCCUGGGUGCACGAACCUGGCUUCUGGUAGGGUUGCUUGGGGAAUUAGGUGGCUCCAUGAUCAUUGCCUUGUCUCAUUCAUUGUUCACGCUAUUCUCUGGAAGAUUGGUACAGGCAGUGGCCAAUACCAUCGUAGGUGUUCUUGGACUCACAAACCUGACAAAAGUCGCCUCAACAAACGGAACGGAGAAAGUGUAUGGAGUUCUCACCGUCUCCUUGGCUGCAGGCUCAUCGGGAGGGCCAUUGAUGGCCGGAACAAUCUUUGAACUAGCCGGAUAUUGGACGGCGUGGACGAGCGCAUUUGGUGCAAGCCUGAUUGGUGUGAUCUUACAGAGUCUGAUGCUGGUUCAGCCGCAAGACACUGAGUCUGCUGGAGUACAAUCGCCCCCUAGAGACGAAGCGGGCGAGGAGACUCCUUUGCUUGUGCCCUCGUCUCUCUCCGAACUACCCGUUCAGUUGAGAUCGGCCCAACUCGACUUCCAGUUCUAUUUCUGUCUCCUCACCAAUCGCCGUUAUAUUGGCGGAAUCCUCAGUUCUCUCUGUUAUGCGAUCGUGGCCGUAAGCUUCGACACCACGCUUCCGCUUCACGUUGGGGCAGUGUUUCACUGGGGUAGUCUUCCGACUGGAAUCCUCUUUUCUGUUUUGCAUGGGCCGAACGCCUUCUUCAGCGUGCCUGUGAAGUGGCUGAAAGGUCGGGUCGGAUCGCGGUACCCUACUUGUGUCGGGUUUCUCGGGCUUGCACUGCUUCUGUGGGUGGUCGGUACUCCUGGGGACGACCGCUUCCAUUGGGCAAACUUGGGGUACCGAGGUCCCAUCAUCUAUGCCUCCACAGUUGCUGCUAUAGGAAUCUUCAUGACUCUGUUGAACGGGACGGGGAUGAUGGAGGCUUCUUACGCGGUUCAUGAAAUUGAAAUUCACCAGCCAGGAAAAUUUGGCUCAGAAGCAUAUUCCCAGGCCAUGUUGAUCAGUAGAUUAAGCUGGUCAUUUGGCUUAUUUCUGGGGCCCAUUGUGUCGGGGCAGCUCGCCGAGAAAGUGGGAUAUCAUGAGAUGAACUGUAUACUCGGUGAGUACAUAAAUCACAUCACUAAGCUGUGUCGACGGCUCAAGGUAUGGAAAUCUUACUUCACGCAUAGCGCUAACUAUACCUCAGCCAGAAUGUGUCUGCUCUGCGCCGGUUUUGUAGUAUGGAAUCUGAAGUCGUCACCUCUCGUCCAUUAG